AUGGCGUUCCCCAUUGAAGUUGAAGAUAAUCGUUAUAAACUCUAUGAUGUGUUUUUUUUUAGUGACCGAAUCUUAACGACAGUGACUUCAAAUCCUGACGUAGUAAGUAAUUGGAUCAGUGGAAUUGAGUAUGUCCAUCGAAGACGUCUCAAUCGACUCAUAGUAGGCCUUGAUGUAGAAUGGAGACCUAAUUUCACUAGGCACCAAAACAACCCUGUUGCAACUCUACAACUUUGUGUUGGUCGUCGUUGCCUCAUAUUUCAAGUUAUUUAUUGUGAAUAUAUACCUGAAUCGUUGAAGGAGUUUUUGUUGAAUCCUUGUUAUGCCUUUGUUGGUGUUGGAAUUGCUAACGAUAUUGAGAAGCUAGAGGAAGACUAUAUGUUACGCGUAAAUAAUAGCGUUGAUCUGAGGGAAUUGGCUGAUUGUAAUUUGAGGAAUGCUGGAUUGAAGAGGCUUUGUCAAGCUGUUUUAGGAAAAGAGAUGGAAAAACCUAAGGAUGUUGCUAUUGGGAGAUGGGAUAAUGAGUGGCUUGAUAAUGAUCAAGUGCAAUAUGCUUGUGUUGAUGCUUUUGUAUCGUUUGAGAUUGGUAGGUGCAUGAAUGCUACUGCAUAUUCAUGA